UGUAGAGUCGGCUAGACAUGGCGUCCUCCUUGCUCGCGGGCGAGCGACUGGUGCGCGCUUUGGGGCCCGGCGGGGAGCUGGAGUCAGAGCAGCUGCCCCGAAAGCUGCGGGCCGAGCUCGAGGCCGUGCUGGGGAAGAAGCACACGGGCGGCGAUAGCCCCAGUGGCCCCCGACGCUUGGUUUCCUUCCGUCUGAUCCGGGGUCUGCAUCAGCACCUGAGAGAAAGGGAUUCUACACUGUACCUUCAUGAGCUCCUAGAAGGCAGUGAAAUCUAUCUCCCAGAAGUUGUGAAGCCUCCCCGGAACCCAGAGCUGGUUGCCCGGCUAGAGAAGAUUAAGAUACAGCUGGCCAAUGAGGAAUAUAAGCGGAUCACCCGCAAUGUCACCUGUCAGGAUUCAAGGCAUGGUGGAACUCUCAGUGAUCUGGGAAAGCAAGUGAGGUCAGUGAAGGCUCUGGUCAUCACCAUCUUCAACUUCAUUGUCACGGUGGCAGCUGCCUUCGUCUGCACUUACCUUGGAAGCCAGUAUAUCUUCACAGAAAUGGCCUCGCGGGUGCUGGCUGCAUUGAUCGUCGCCUCAGUGGUAGGUCUGGCCGAGCUGUAUGUCAUGGUGCGGGCGAUGGAAGGCGAGUUGGGAGAGUUAUAACUGGUGCUUCAUCAUCAAAGUCUGGAGUAGGUCUUGGGGGCUCCAGGCUCCCAACCGCAAAUCACUGACUCUCACAGUCAACCCAUCAGGCUCUUUGUACUCAGUCUAGUUACUCAGAGGAACAGCCAGGCCAUCUGCUUCCCACCUGGAGCCCAUCCUCUGUGCAUUUCCAAAGGGAGCAAUGGAGGAGAUUUAGACAAGAACACAUCUUUAAAACUGAAAGAACUGGUCUGUCAGUACCUUCUCCCAAACGUGCUGCUCAUCUGACUUCUCCAGUCCAUUCUGGGCAUUGCUGGGGCUGGGGUUUUUCCAUCAGUAGUAAAUGGAAUCCGGGCCUUCCCGUAAGUAGACCAUACUCCCUUGAACUUAUCCAAGGGCACAAAUUGAUUGCCAUCCUUUGUCCACACAUCUUUGAUGCAGACCUGUAAUUGAGAUCAGAAACCUCCAAGAAAGCAGAAAGGAUCCUUUUUUUGCAGUUUGUGCUGGAAGAGAGACUGAUCAGAGAACAGACAUCAAAUAAGAGAGAGAUCAGUUGGUAUGGGAUGGUGGAACUGCAAGCAAGGCAUCUAUUUUUUUGGAAAAGGAAAUGAUGUUAGGCCCCUUUUCCAGAAGACUAAACAGACUGAGAGAGAUCAGAUGACCAGCUGUGGUCCUUCCUCUGUUAAAUGGAGCCAAAGACUCCUGUGUUGUCCUGUAGUCUCUGUGUAAUGUUAAGCUUCUGAGAACAUAGAUUAUCAAUGUGAUGGUAGAAUCUGUAUUAGGCACUUAAAAGGGUAUCAUCUUUA